AUUCUGCGCCGGAAUCUCCGGCGACAGGCGGCGGCGAUGGAGACGAUUCCGGCGGCCUCCGCCAUGGACUGGAGCAUCGACCUCGACAGGAGCCUCCGCUCCCGCCACCUAGGCACGCGCCUUCAGGCCCUCGACGCCGCCGCCCCACGCAUCCGCGAGCUCGCCUCUUGCCCUGCCGUCCCGGCGGGGGUAGCCUCCGCGUCCGGAAUCAUGCCCGCCGAGUCCCGCAUCUUCGCCGAGACCAUGCUCCUCCGCCUCGCCACCGAGUUCCGGGCCGCCGCCGACGACUCCAUCCGGUCCCGCAUCGUCCGCUCCCUCCUCCGGAACAAGGGCGGCGGUUGGGCGGCGGCGGAGCCCGAGCAGAUCCUCCGUAGGGUCACGGCGGCGCACGGCGCGGCAGGGGCGACCCCGCGGGCCAGGGCGCUCGCGCUUAGGAUGUUCGGCUGCCUCGCCGACCUCGCCAAGGACAGCGUCCACGUUCGCUCCCUCGUCCUCUCCGGCCUCCGCUCCUCCAAUGCUGCCGAGGUCAAAGCUGCACUGUUUGCGGCUGGUUGCUUUUGUAAGCUGUCAGAGGACUUCUCACGCAUCACCCUUCAAGUGCUGGCUGGUUUAGUUACCUCACCAACAUCAGAAGCUCAAGUUAUUAUAGCAGCAAUCAAGACUUUCUCGAAGCUUGAUUGUACGUUGGCUGUUAUCCGUAGAGUUCGGGAGGUUGGAAAGGAGAUGGUUCUAGGCAACCUGGAAGAUGUAUUCAAAGCUGAAAUGCUCUUCGCACUGUCCAGGCUGGCGUCCAAGUCAAUUGUUUUCUUUGGUGACCAGGUGGAAUUUCUGUUAUUAUUUCUGGGACAUGAAUCUUCUCUUCCUAUGAAGAGUAUGGCUUUAAAACGUUUAUGUUUUAUGUUUCGCAGAAAUACUUUCUAUCUUCCUGUUGCCAGUACUGUUUUUGGCACAUUGCUACAUCUAAUUGAUGAUGAGGCUUUUCCACUUGAGUGCAAGAGCUAUGCACUCAGGAUCCUGCAAAAGAUGCUUUGUGUUAAAGCUCCAACCAUUCGUCAUAUCAAUGCUUCUGAGUUAACCAAGCUUGCUCUGGCUGCUGAAAGGUUUUUGCAUUGCUCUUCCUGGGAGAUGCUGGAUACUGCUCUCAGAAUUCUGGUGGAUAUCUUCUUUUGCUUCCACAAGCAAACAAAGCCACAUCAGACUAUAAGUACUUUGGGGAGUUCAUCAUUCUCUAACACUGGGAAGCAAGGAAUUUCGAACAACAUGCUGGCAACUCAUGAAGAAAAUAGCGAGGAUGAAUCAUCUCUGAAUAAGAUUCUAACAGUAAUAAUGGAUCAUAUUAUACCUCUGGCCAAUCAGCUCAGCAAUAGAAGCAAGGAAGUAGAAACCAGACAAACCUACAUGUCCUCCUGUGAACAGGAGAAAUGCAGGACCCUAUUCAGCCUCAUGCUAAAGCUUGUUUCAGGCUACCCUUCUGCUGCUUCUGUUGCUCUUGAUAAAUUAAGGUGCCUGAUAAAAGAACUGGCUCGAAUAAAUGCCAGUCAUUACUCCGAUGUGGCAGCUAGCUGUGUUGAAUCUUUUGUUGCUCAGGAGCAGUUUAGAGCUUCAGAUGAUACUACUGAACCAGCCACUGCAAGUAUUAAAGCUUCUCACAUGGAAACUGACACUGAUAAAAGUUUAGCUUCCGCUGACUUUUGUAGUAAGAAAUCAUCUGUAGUGCAUGAUCUAAUUCUUUGCACGCUUCAGUUUGCAAAUGCCUGUCAUGAUAUGUGUUGCAGAACAUCUGGCUCUUCCUGCAAUCCUCACCAUAGUAUCAAGGGUCUAACUGAAUGUGUACAGCAGAACGCUUCUCAGUAUUGUAGCACAUAUGAAUUCUUCCGUCUUAUAAUGUCUGCCCGUAUCUCAUGGAAUACUUGUAAAGUCAGGAAUGAUAUUGGUAACAAAGGAGCAGGUGGUUCAAAAGAGUACCCGGAGAUAUUCUCCACUCCUUCUUGGAUAGCUCAUGAAUUGUGUGCGCUCCGGAUGGCCAAAAUGCUUACAAGAAAACAGAGCUAUUGGGAAGCCUAUAGGUCUGCUAUGUACUGCUGUCGGGAAGGUCUCUGGUUCACUGCAUCAUUUUUCUUCAGAAAAGUUUCAGGUGCUUUUGAGUCGGGCUCCUUUAGUUUUUGGUUCAAGUCACUGCUUCUUUUUGGUGCCGGAGAACUUGAGAUGAAGCUAUUGGUUUUUCCUUCAGCAAUUAAUAAGUUGGUUGGUGAGCUAAAUACAGAGGGAGUUCUUCAUGAGGAUCUCUACUGUAUUGAAACAGAUGCUGACAGUACUCUUGCUAGAUCUCAAGAGUUGCAUGGCUGUCAAGAAAAGAUAACUGGUAUUUGUGAGAGAACAUGCUUAGCAAAUGAUGUCCUCGCAUCGAAUGCCUCUUCAGACUGUGAAUUCUUCUUCCAGAGGUGGUUCAUUAGUCUGAGAGUGUCUUUUCUUGAGAUCCUAACUGAUGUUCUUGGCAUCCUUAGUGCACACUGUUCUGCUCCUAAAGACAUAUCACAUCUUGAAUCAAGAGGAGACUCUUGUAGUGUAGCCACAGAGCAAAACCAAGUCCUGCUAGCUUUGACUAACUGUUCUUUAAGGCUGAGUGACCUAGCAAAGAGCUAUGAUCUCCUAGAUGCAUCCCAUGGGGACAUGGAUCACCAAAGCUUUACUACUGUGGCCAGGCUUGCUUUCAUGUGCUCGCUUUUGUCGUUUUGUACUGUGUUUUCUCUGGAUUUCUCAAACCUACUUAGCAGUUCAGAGCCUUGCAGGCUUCCAGAGAGAUUUUCUCAUGCUUCAGUCCUACAAGAUUUACAUGAAAGGGUAGAUAGGAAAGACGGCCAGGUUCUCUCCCAACUAAGACAGUUCAUUUCUGUUUCUUCUCAUGAACUGGACUCAAUACAGUUCAGCACUCGGAUGAACUGUUCAGGUUAUCUGGAAAAGGAUACUUAUUCUCUCUUCAAGUUUUCUGUGGCAUCUUUGCUUCGUGCGCGUGCAGAUGCCAAAGGAGUAGCAACAACUAGAGAAGACACUUUACCUCAGUUGCACAGAGGGAUGCAAUUUCUGUCUAGCGUUUUGCAGAGGUUGAUGGAAUUGCCUUUUGUUCUUCCCAAAUACUUCUUCAGCGUAAGGCCUUGCUUUGGCGCGGAGCUCUUCAUAUUCGAUUCCAACCCUGCAAACAGAGAUGGAGUAUCAAUAUCGCCCGGUUCCCAGCUGUCCCUGACUCUCUGCCUGCAGUGGAAGCGCGUGCUAGAGAGGACUCGCAUCCGCAUCGCGAAACUCUACUGCGUCCUCGCCACAAGCCCAUCGUUGCACUUACACACCGCAGGAACAAGGAGCAAGCAGUUUGAGAUGCGCAGGACUGCUGAGAUGGUCGUGCUGAACUCCAGGCUGCUGCGGCACAUAAAGCGCGAUCCGAGGAAGACGUGCGAGAAUAAGAGUUCCCGUCCCGAGACGGACCUGGUGACUGCGUUCGCGUGUUUCACACCGGAUGGCGGCGGGCAGGGAUUCUCGGACUGCCUGCUGGACGUCUCCUUGUUUCCUGUUGGUUCGUAUCAGGUAGCGUGGCAGGCGUGCUGUGUGGACGAGAACGGCGGGUACUUUAGCCUGCUGCCGUUAAAUGACGGUGUUGUUUUUUCUGUUCGGUAGCGCUGAUGGCCCCGUCGGGCUGGCUUGAAGCUCAUGUUUUCGGGUUUAGAAUCUGUAUAUGUCUGUGAUGUAGAAUAUAUCCAUU